GACACUCAGCGAGCACCAGAAGCCUCUGCAUGCUGUAGCUUCAUCCUACUUGUCUGAGAGGAAGCCUCCCUCGCUCGCUCGCUCGCUCGCUCUCUUUCCUCCCUCUGCUCUUAAGCAUCUUCUUACAAGCAAAGAGAACCAGGAAUGGAAAAUAAAGCCAUUUUUAGCCUGUCUGGUCAGAGAACAAAUUGUGAGCUGCCUCGGAGGAGUAAAAAGGUGGUCGCCGCUCAUCUCCAAUGACGGACACUAAAGAGACUGUCAGAUCCUGGGGAGCUGUUAAGAGUUUUGGAAGGGGCUUCAUUCUUUCUUUGGUUUUUUUUUUCCUUCCCUCCCCUCUCCCUCCCCACGUCACAGUAUUAACUGCAGAGAAAGAGGACAGAGAGGGAGAGGAAGAGAAUGAAAGGAAGGAAGAUCAACCCUUAUGCCCAUACUUCUGAAACUUGAAGGUCCUGGGAGUCAGCUUAAAAAUAAGGAAAAACAAAAAAGAUAGCUGGACAUGCCUCUCGCCCUUUGAGAUGAAGCAAAGUAGACAUUGUGAGCCUGCCAGCCAUGCAAAAAGCUGAAAGAAACUGAAUUUGUAGCAACAGAGAGCUCUUUUUUAGCCCUGCAUAUAAUUAAGUCAAACACAAAGGAAGCCGCUGAAUGGAGGUUGUCAAUCUCUGGAAAAGGGUGGGUAAGACACUUUUUAAUUUCAUUCUUUCGUGAAGAGAGAGUUUUUCCCCCCCUCCCUUAAUUGUUCCCGUCUUUGCUGCGGCGUCUAAAAUGGACAAAUUCUCGUGUACCUUUUGAAUGCUUCUGAACUUUAAUGCUGUGCUGCAUGCUGCUUUUAUGCCAACCUGCUCCCUAAAAUCCCACAAAGUCAAAUAUUUGGCCCAAUGACUCUCUUAUUUUUGCCUGUGCCUGUCCCCUCGCCCUUUCGUUUACAUAUGGUGUGAUGUAGAAUUUCUACGGAGAAAGGAAACUAACUGGUAAAAGAUUCAAUGGACUUUCUCAAGCACAUUUGGGGAUAUUCUUGCUAAUGGAUUUCCUUCUUAUUGGUGUCUGUUUAAACUGGCUGCUGAAGAAGCCCCCAGGAUUGAUCCUGUGUACCCUCGGUGUUUUUUUCAAAAUGCUUCCAGCCGUGCACACUGGGUGUCCACAGCUGUGUCGGUGUGAGGGCAGGCUUUUGUACUGCGAGUCGCUGAAUCUCACAGAGAUGCCGCACAACCUGUCGAGUGUGAUGGGUUUGUCACUGCGGUACAACAGCCUUUCCGAGCUGCGUGAUGGACAGUUCACAGGGUUAACGCAACUCACGUGGCUCUAUCUGGAUCACAAUCACCUUUGCUCCGUGGAGGGAAAUGCCUUUCAAAAGCUGCGGCGAGUUAAAGAACUCACUCUGAGUUCCAACAAAAUCACCCAACUGUCCAACACCACUUUCCGGCCGAUGCCAAACUUGCGCAGUGUGGAUUUAUCCUACAAUAACCUGCAGGCUUUGGAGCCAGACCUGUUCCAUGGGUUGCGCAAGCUAACGACGUUGCACAUGCGGUCCAAUGCCAUUAAGUUUGUGCCUGUUCGAAUCUUCCAAGACUGCCGCAGCCUGAAGUUUCUCGACAUAGGAUACAAUCAGUUGAAAAGCCUGGCUCGGAACUCCUUUGCGGGCUUGUUCAAACUCACCGAGUUGCACCUGGAGCACAAUGACUUGGUGAAGGUGAACUUGGCCCAUUUCCCGAGGCUCCUCUCUUUGCACUCUCUCUGCCUACGGAGGAAUAAAGUCACCAUUGUGGUGAAUUCCUUGGACUGGAUAUGGAAAUUGGAAAAAAUGGACCUCUCCAACAACGAGAUAGAAUACAUUGAACCUCACGUUUUCGAAAGCGUACCUCACCUCCAGUCCCUUCAGCUGGAUUCCAACCGACUCACCUACAUUCACCCAAGAAUCCUCAGCUCCUGGAAGUCCCUCAUGAGCAUCAGCCUCUCGGCAAAUGUCUGGGAUUGUGGCCGAAACAUUUGCGCUUUGGCCUCUUGGCUGAGCAAUUUUAAAGGCCGCUACGACAGCAACUUACUCUGUGCCACCCCUGAAUAUGCACAGGGCGAGGAUGUCUUAGAUGCAGUCUACGCUUUUCACUUAUGUGAAGAUGCCACAGACCUGACAACUGAUGUGAACCUUCUCUCUGCUGUGGCCAAUAUCAGUGACCUGACAGCCAGCCACGUCCCUUCGACUCUCAACUAUGACAUGCAGGAUAUGGAAGGAGAUAGAACAACCAACACUGUGACGGUCACUCUUCCCAGUGAGAACACAGAGAAUGCUGUUCACAUUCACAAGGUGGUUACUGGGACCAUGGCCCUCAUCUUCUCUUUCCUCAUUGUGGUUUUGAUACUGUAUGUUUCAUGGAAAUGUUUCCCAGUCAGCCUUAGGCAACUGAGGCAGUGCUUUGUGACCCAGCGUAGAAAGCAGAAACAAAAACAGACUAUGCAUCAAAUGGCUGCCAUGUCAGCCCAGGAGUAUUAUGUUGAUUAUAAACCCAACCACCUUGAAGGAGCUCUGGUGAUCAUAAAUGAAUAUGGAUCCUGUACGUGCCACCAGCAGCCAGCAAGGGAAUGUGAGGUGUGAUUUUAAAUUCUUUUCCAGUGGGGGAUUUCACUUGGUGUGCAACCAAAUAGCAGUCAGCAAAUAAAAAGACAAUUCAAUAAGGUUGACCUGACUUACCGGGGCCCUGUGUGCUGAAAAAAAUGUUGGUUUUUUUUUUUUUUAAUAAGGAGCUGUCCAAAAAGACAGGAUGUUAGCUUUAUUGUGGCUAAAA